CAAUGCCAUUUACUCCGCGUUGAUCACUAUAAAUGCUUGCAAAAUGCAGAGCACGAGUUCCUCGUCCUCCACUUCACCCAUUGGAACACUCAAGCUGGCAGUUCUGCCACAGCGGCUAUGUGUGUUGACCGCACCGUCGACAUCCCCACAUACUCACACGCAUCUGGGCUUCUUACACCAUCGUCAUCGGAAUACCCUGCACGAGAUACAGUUUACCUCAUCGGUCGUGCUAGUGACUUGAAUAUCCAAUCACAUCUGACUGCCAGGCUCAAAUCUUACAGACGGAUAUCCUCACUUUCGUUCAAUUUCGUUCGGCCUUCUGUUUUACACGUCGCAGACCUGUUAGUUCUAGUGAACCAGCAGGACUUCAGCUAUGGCAUCCUCCGUGCCCAAUGCUACUGGUGGAGUCGCACUAUUUGCAAGAGCUUGGAAAGGCUUUUUAGAGGAGAGGAGCAAGUGUUUGACCCCGACAACCGUGGCCACUUU